CGAUUUAGGAUAGUUAGAUACAAUUUAUGAUAUUAUCAUUUAGCAACUGUUUAGGAAUGACCACUGUAUCGCUGUUACACUCAAGUAAAAAAUCACAAUGGAUAAGUUCAUAUGUGGUAUAUGUUCAGAGGAGUUGAACAAUAUCUUGUCUUUCCUACAGCACAAAGUCAAUCAUGUAGGUCCUGGCAGCGCUGUUGGAUGCAACUUGUGUCAGUUAUCCUACACAAGACAAAACACACUGAAGGAACACUAUAGGAGAAAACACAGAGUCAACAUCCAAGCAACGACAAGUCAACUUAAAGGAAAUCGACAGAGUGAUCAAGUCUUACCUACUGAGGCACCGAGAGACAAGGUCAGUAAAAAAGCAAACAAUGAUAUAAAGUCAGUGACAGGGGCUAACGUUGAGGAGGCAUCUCAGGUUGUUGAUGAAGAUGAAAACCAGGCAAAAGUUGUGUCAACUGAUAUUCUUUUGAAUGAUAUUGAUGGUGAAAUUGACAGUACUUCUAAUGGAAAUGUGAGAAACAUUUAUAUUCAUGUGGAACCUUUAAUCCAAGGGGACACAAAGAGUCAUAGUUGUGUUGGACUUUCCAAAACUGAAAAUCAGGUCAAUAAUGAAGAUACUGUGAAACAACUGAGAAUAACGGAAGCAUCAGUAUCAGAAUAUCUUAAUGCCACAGACUUAGGAAGUGAAGACUUACAAAACAAGGACAUAUCUGGUCUGUCACAGGGUGUAGAAACCUUUGAUGGGUUUUCUGGUGUUGAUGGGGGAACGUCUUUCGCUACUUCAUCCAAUGAAGAGCAGAUUUCAAGAAAACAUAAAAGUGAUGACUCUGCAAUGGAUACAGACUUGUCUUCUGAUGAGUCUGAACAAUUUAAGGAAAAUUCUAUUCCAACAAGCAGAGAGGCAUCCAAAGACAGUGUAGAAGGGAACAAAUCAACAUCAGAUUUCAAGGAAACACAGGAAGGGGAUUACUUUUUUAUUUUGUUUAUGGAGGAAAAAGAAAGUCAAUCAAUGGGAUAUGGGAAGAUGUUGUUGAAAUGUUUACACUGUAAUUAUACCACAGAUUUCAAAGCCUCUCUUUCGCGGCAUAUGAAAAAAGAACACCCAGAUAUGAUUAAUUUGCAUAGCAAAAUAAAAAUUGUCAUGCAUGGAAAUGAUUCAAACCUCAAAGAUCAGAAAGUGAUGAAGAUGUCUGAAUACAAUGCAAUGCAGGCAAGUGAACGAAGAAAGAAAAAUGGAAAGAAAAUUCGAGGAGUGGAGACUCAGGACAUGGUGGGGAAUUUUACCUGUGGAGUUUGUUCCAAGGUAUUCAAUAGACUGAGGUACCUCAGAAAGCAUGUGCUCACUCAUGAAAACAACCAGCAGUUCCUCUGUGAUGAAUGCGGUAAAGCUUUCAAGACUAAGACUUACUUGGCAGCUCAUCGCAAAACUCACAAGAAAGAGGCAUACCAGUGCAGGCAGUGUGAUUUUGUGUCAAGCCUCGCUUUGGCUAUACAUACUCAUCGCCAGAUUCACACGGAAGGAAGUGUUAUAUGUGAUAUUUGUGGAACAGCAUAUUCUGACAAGUCCACAUUGCUGAAGCAUAAACAAGUUCAUGACAUGUCAAGGCCAUAUGCUUGCACUUUUCCUGGAUGUACUUUCAGAUUUAAGACGGAAAUGAGAUGUAAUGCUCAUAUAAAGAAUCACAGUAAUGCUCAAGGCCAAUUUAAGUGCCAUAAGUGUAAUUAUGUUUUUCGAUAUAAACAUCACUUAAAGAGACAUGAAGCCAAAAAACAUGGUCUUAUUACAGCCUGUGAAAAAUCUAAAGAAGAAGAUAAAGAGGAUUCACUAAAAUCCCUGGUGAUAGAAGAAAUUCAUGAGAUAGACUCUGUUAAUUUGAUAAUUGACCCUGAAAUUAACAGAGACCAAUUUAAUUUACAAUCUGCCUUACAAAAUAAUUCCCUUGUCAUAGCAACAGAUGAGGAAGGUAAUGCUGUGAACUAUGAGGUGACUGAUAUAGCCCUGAAUGUCCAGUACCACACCCUCAUGUCUGGGACAGAACUGACCUGUCAGCCAGAUGGACAUUCCAUGCUGAUCCCCCAGAACGAGUGUAAUCAGGUGAUUGUGACAGAUUCUAUAGACCCCCCACCUGACACAGAGACAGUAGUCUGUAGCUCUACUGCUGCAGAAUGACACUAUCUUAUAAUAAAAACUGUCAGAAUCUC